AGAAAAUGUUAUGCGGCUCAAACUUGCACCGCAAGUAUGCUUGCGGCCAGCAGACGCUCGGCAGCAAGCGUGCAUUGAGCAAGAGCUGGCUUCAGCUGCUCCGAUAUGCCGCUAGUUGCAGCCGCGCUCCAGGCAGCGCAGAAGGCGUCGAGCAUGCUCGCAAAGCGUUCAAGUUCCGCCAUUUCCUUGUCCAUCAGGACCGCUGCGCCAUGAAGAUGGGCACGGACGCCAUGCUUCUCGGCAGCUGGGCCCCCGUGCCGCAGUCCCAUCCCUCCUCUUCCUUCCCGUCGCCCUCCCUCCUCUCCUCCACAUCCUCCUCACCACACGGCCCCCGCAGCUCCCGCCGCGUUCUCGAUGUGGGUACGGGCACCGGAGUCCUGGCCCUUAUGGCGGCCCAGAAGAGCGACCCGCGCUUCAGCACUUCAGCACCUGUGACGUCAGCCUCCCCAACAACAACCUCAUGCUCUCCUUCUUCAGGAUGCACCAUGUACGACGAGAAGGGUAGCAACAAGGGAACAAGCCAAGCGGGCGUGCACAUUGUUGCUAUUGACAUUGAUGCUGACGCAUGCGCCCAAGCUGCGGAGAACGUGGCGCUAAGCCCCUGGGCAGAUCGUAUCACGGUGCUGCAUGCGAGCCUGCAACAGCUGGUGGCGGCAGCUGCGGCAGCAGCAGCAAUGACACCUACAGAAGUAACGACACCUACAGCUGGCGGGGCGGCAGCAGAGGUGGAGGAGGCCGAAGCAGCAGCAGCAGGGGCCGGAACGGCAGCAGCAGCAGCUGGGGAAGACCCGGAAGACGGGACGGAGACGCUGGGUACGGGUGCUGUCGAUGUUGCUGACCCCGUUGUUGUUGUCGCUGCUGGUGGUGGUGGCAACAACAGCAGCAGCAGUACUAUUCCCGCUGGUGCGUUUGGUCCCUUUGACCUCAUCAUCAGCAAUCCGCCGUAUUUUGUGGGCAGCAGCAAGCCAGCACAGGGUCGUACAGCUCGUGCCUUUGCUCGCCAUGCUGACGUGGCACUCCCGUUCGCCGACCUGGCAUCCGGUUGUACGGCCCUGCUAGCGCCCGGCGGCAGCGUGUGUGUCGUACUUCCGCCCCCGGAGGCAGAGCGCUUCUUGUCGGAGGCUGCGGCGUUUGGACUUGUGCUGGUGGAGUUGGUGCGUGUGUUCUCCUGCGCGGAGGACGUGCGGGAGCGGCGGCAGCUGCUGCGGCUGCAGCGGGACGGGGAGCUCCAGGGGCAGGGGCAGCAGCAGGGGCAGGGGCCACAGCAGGGGCAGGGGCAGCAGCAGCAGCUGCCAGUGGUGAGCAGUCUGGUGAUCAACGGCCCCAAGCUGAAGCCGUCAGAGCGGCCAUCAGAGCUGGAUCAAGGGCCUGGGAAGGAGGAGCAGCACGACCCGCAGCAGCAGCAGCCUCCCCGGCCAGUGCGGCUCUUCACCUCAGAGUACCUGGCCCUCACAGCUGACUUCCAUGACCCCGCCUUCUUCACAUCCUACAACUGCACAACCACUACACGCAGCACCGCCACCAGCAGCAGCAGCAGACCAGCAGCAGUGGGACUUUCCCUUAGCUAGCUAGCUGGCUGCUGCUUGCGUCCACUGCACCACUUGGGCCGCUGCUGCCACUGUGGCUGAAGGGAAUGUCAAUAUGUCACAUGUCGCGAAGCCACGGCCGCCUUCACUCGAGAGUACGCCAGGCCGGCAGUAUUUCCCAUUGGCGGCUGCAAGAGGCCAGACCAACAACAUAAAUUGCCGCUAUCGCGCAGCUCAUUGCCGCCCUGCUAUGGAGGUUUUGAGGGUACCGGUACCUUCACUGCAGGGGGUCGGACCCCCGCCUUCAUGCAGGCUGCGAACGCCUUUCCCAGCCCGCUUCCUGCGCUUCAGCAGUGACGAUCGGGUUGCGCUCUCGCUCCUGCUUUCACCGUGCGGAGCGGCGCUGUGCUGUGGAGUCCGAUAACAUGUGCGCGGCUGUGGGAGGGGUUGUAGCUGGCCUCCUGCUCCCAGGCCUCCUCCAAUUGAGGGCCGGCCCUGGGCUCCACUCCACUGGCGUCCACCACCUCCUCCGCCUGCGUGUAGCACUUCCGCCAGCAGAGACCCAACAUCGCCUGCGGUUUUGAACACCUGCGGACCUGAACAUCCGACUACAUACAACAGUCGGAGCGCUCCUGCGGGUGCUUGGGGUGGCAUGGGGACAAGCGGGGGCGUUAUACGCACAAGCGUGCAUGCGGCGGCAUACGCACACGCGUGCAUGAGGCAUGGCGCUUGGGCUCGUGCACGUUGGCAGCGUGGUGGUGCGUGCAGCCUGGCGACGUAGUUUAGGGGCCUC